GUUGCACCAUCACCACCACCACUCCUGGGGUCGGCAACAAGGUCUGGGCACCACUGGAGAGCCGCAGGCGGAGCUGCCCGUGUACCAGGACACGUAUGGAAGAUUGCCCGAAGAAGGAAACUCCAGCUGCCAACGCCAUCCACUGCGGUGCGCCCACAAUUCUCCCGAUCUGUACUCCCGAAGUCAGGCUAGAGGAGAGCAGUGGCAGAAAGCUGCGAAUUGCCAACAGGAGCACCACGCGUGCCACUGCAGAAGGGAGCAUCACCAGCUGUUGCAGCAACAGCAGCAACACCACCACCACAACCAUUACAAGCUACAUCAGCAGAGCGCUCCCUGCUCCUCGGUGGCAACAAACUCUCCGAGAUCACCGAGCCUCGGUAAAUGUCGGGUGAGUGACGGGAGCCAGCAAGUAGUUUUAUUUCAGCCAGGAGACGCGCAACCGGCUCCGCUGCAGGUUCAGCAGCAACGGCUGGUUGGAAGCAGUCAUCCAAACUGCUGCGCCAAUGGAUCGCGCGAGCUGAGCAGACACCAGCACUUCUCUCUGCCGCAGCAACAGCAGUAUCAACAGCCAGACUCUCAUGCACACUGGCAUCACCCCUUUGACAGUGACGGCCGGAGAACUGGUGAACAUUACCCGUCUUGUCCGCGACAUUGCCACCAGUCCGCCAACUGUCCUCACAGCAGAUGCCCGGGAGUGAGGAGCCCAUCUGCGGGAAGUAGCAGCAGAAGCGGCCGGCCUCACUCUACCGACAGUCGGUUGUGGUUGGAAAACCACCUGCAAGAGGGGACGCAGAGUAGCAGAGGACAGAAGGUGAAUGCAGACGGCCAGAAGCUGAGUCAUGCCGGGUCGCAGCCUUGCCUGUCCCAGAGCGCCCGGGCCUGCUCGGAGAUAGCUAUGAACAGCUGCAGCCGCUACAAUGGCGGCGUGGGCAGCAGACCGCUGGGCAGCCUGGGCGCGUCGCGCCGCAACCUCGCCGAGCUGGACUCGGAGACGCAGCCCCUGCAGACGCUGCACAGCUCCGGCCUGGAGGUGGUGGUGUCCAAGGGCCACGACGACGACGACCUCCUCCGCCACCACCACCACCACCGCAAGGCGUCCGGCGGGAGCCUGCCCCGGGAGGGGGGAGGCAGCGCGGGGGCGAGCGGAAGCGGUGGGAGUCCCGGGGAGGCGGGGGAGGCGAGGGGCCGCAGCGGCAGCGUGCGGGCCAUGCAGAAGAAGAACAAGGACAUCGGCAUCAAGCUGGGCCACCGGAGGGCGCUGUUCGAGAAGCGCAAGCGGCUCAGCGACUACGCGCUCAUCUUCGGGAUGUUCGGGAUCGUCGUUAUGGUGACGGAGACGGAACUUUCCUGGGGGAUUUAUUCCAAGGAAUCUUCAUAUUCAUUUGCACUGAAAUGCCUUAUCAGCCUCUCCACUGUUAUUCUGCUGGGUCUCAUCAUUAUGUACCAUGCCAGGGAAAUACAGCUCUUCAUGGUGGACAACGGUGCGGACGACUGGCGCAUCGCCAUGACGCAGGAGCGCGUCUUCUUCAUCGUGCUGGAGCUGCUCGUCUGCGCCAUCCACCCCAUCCCGGGCCGCUACGUCUUCACGUGGACGGCGCGGCUGGCCUACACCUACUCGCCGUCGGUCACCAUCGCCGACGUGGACAUCAUCCUGUCCAUCCCCAUGUUCCUGCGCCUCUACCUGAUCGGCCGCGUCAUGCUGCUGCACAGCAAGCUGUUCACGGACGCCUCGUCGCGCAGCAUCGGCGCGCUCAACAAGAUCAACUUCAACACGCGCUUCGUCAUGAAGACGCUCAUGACCAUCUGCCCCGGCACCGUGCUGCUCGUCUUCAGCAUCUCCUCCUGGAUCAUCGCCGCCUGGACGGUGCGCGUCUGCGAGAGGUAUCACGACCGGCAGGAAGUCACCAGUAACUUCCUGGGAGCAAUGUGGUUAAUUUCUAUAACCUUCCUGUCCAUCGGCUAUGGGGACAUGGUGCCUAACACGUACUGUGGGAAGGGCGUCUGUCUCCUGACAGGAAUCAUGGGGGCUGGCUGCACAGCGCUGGUGGUUGCUGUGGUGGCCAGGAAGCUGGAGCUGACCAAGGCGGAGAAACAUGUCCACAACUUUAUGAUGGACACUCAGCUCUGCAAAAGAGUCAAAAACACGGCUGCUAACGUACUCAGGGAAACAUGGCUCAUCUACAAACACACCAAGCUGGUGAGAAAGAUCGACCACGCCAAGGUCCGCAAACACCAACGCAAGUUCCUGCAGGCUAUUCACCAACUCCGCAGUGUAAAGAUGGAGCAGAGGAAGCUGAACGACCAGGCGAACAAUCUGGUCGACCUAGCCAAGACCCAGAAUGUGAUGUACGACCUGGUGUCGGAGCUGCAGGAGCGCGGCGAGGAGCUGGACAAGCGCAUCGGCACGCUGGAGGAGAAGCUGGAGGCCAUCGGCGGCAGCCUGCAGGCGCUGCCCGGCCUGCUGUCCCAGACCAUCCUGCAGCAGCAGCGCGACUUCCUGCAGGGCCUGCUGGCGCAGCGUGCCACCCAGGAGCAGCGGCCGGGGUCACAGGGGUCACAGGGGUCGCAGCGCUCCUGGACGCCCACGCGGCAGCGCCGACGCUCGCCCUCCACCGCCCCACACACUUCCUCCGACAGCGGAUAGCACCCGCCACCACCCACAACCCCACCCCCACCCACCCACCCUCAACCCUUAACUGACUUCUACCCUCACCUUACACCCCCCACCCCCUACACACACCCCCACUGCACACUGACCACCUCUGCCACACCUGAAACUAACAACACUGCUUCGAAAACGACUUAGUGAAACAAACAAACAAAUAAAACAUAUUGAUCAAACUUUCAGCAGAAGAAAGACAAAUUUGGAACAGUGAUGAAUGACCACCUAAAGAAAAACACAAUCACCAACAAGAGAAAUGAAAAAAAAAGAGAUACAAAUUAAACACAGAAAAAUUAUUUUAAAUAAAAAAUGGUAGAGAUAUGGUUUAUGUUUAGCCAUUGUAUGGCUGUUAAAGUUAGCUUUUUUGUAAAGCCCUUGUAUAGUUAACUUGACUUAGCCUAGGGUGUUGGGGCGAUGCUGACUGUCUCAGUGGAAUGUUCUGGAGCGGGAACAGAAGGAGCCAAGGCUCAGCAAUGCAGACUCUGAUUGCAUGGGCAGACGACAGGAAGUCGACUGUGUGGUGUUGGGAGAGAGGAAAUGGACUGUUAGAUGGAUUGUUAGAAGCGUCCAGCAUGGUAGUCCAGGUGCCAGCCGAGAAGGCCCUUGGAAGCUCUGGGUUCAGGUCAACACUCGAAGGCAAUAAGUAGAGAAGGGAGGCAGGGAGAGCAUUUUGUCCCACCUGACUGGCACUGACUGAAUGGGGAAAAUAUAGAAUAAUAUAUAUUAUUAAUAUAUAGCUUUAGAGGAAUUUUAGGAUGUGGUGGGUUCAUUGGAGCAGGAUUCCAAUUUUGGCAUGUGGAUGGAUCUGGUAUAUUAUAAACACUUAUGUCACUUAUUACUUCCAUACAUAAAACAAUAACAUAAAUGGACUGUUCACUAUGCUUAUAUAAUGCGUGUACAUAUUGUUGUGUUUUAAGUUUUUCCCUUGCACUUAACAAGCCCUCCCAACCUUUAUUUUCACUGAACUGCCAAAAUUCUAGCCCAACAUUGAACAUUUUAUACAUGCAGAUAACUAUUUAAGAUAUUCCUUUUUAAGCCCUCUUAAAAACCAAUGGAAAAUGGAAAACACUUCCAUUUGUUUUUAAGAACCACAAUCAAUAGAAUACAUUUACAUAUACAUUAUAUUAUAUUUUUAAAAAACAACAGCAUAUUCCACUCACAGUAUAUCAGAGCUUCCAAGGGCCCUCAAAGCAUGGAGACCCAGAGCAGAGAGUUCUACUGGACGGCCUAUUGGUCGAGGAUGACCUCUGACGGUUCUCCUGACAAGACUGGGAAUUUAACCCCGCCCCUUGCAUGUUUCAAUGCAAAUGGUGAUGGAGCAACUCUUUGGAACGUCUUUAUGUUCGAUUUUCUUUUCUCUCCUUUUGUUUUUUACAGAGAUUCCUUUUUUUUAUCAUUUACUUAGAAUUUUUAUAGAGGUAGUAGAUUAGUUGAUAAAAUGUUAUUAAAAGAGUGGCAGCAAAAGAGAUCAAAACAAGCAUUCCUGGUUCUAUGACUAAAAUUCACGGAGGAAAAAAACCCAUGCAUACAUACAAACACACCAAAAGUAGACAAAUUUAACAAUGUGUUGCACAUUUGGUUACUACCACAAAGUUCCCAGAAUUGGUCUCCAGUUCAACAUUUAGGAUGACACUAUUGGACAUGUGAUGUUUUUUACGGGUUCUAAAACAGCAAACUGCCUUUAUUGUGUGUCUUUGGCCUUGUUGACAAAGCUGUAGCACCUUUACAUAAUGCUGGGCUCCAAUGUAAGAAU